AUGGCCCCGAAAACGCAGGAGAAGGAAAGGAAGAAAUCAAGAAGGAAGAAAAGUCGCAUCAGUGAACGCACAUCUAGAGCUGUGUCGACGGUUGAAGGAAUUCCGGGAGUUGUGCCCUUACAAAUACCCGAGGAACUCCAAAAAAAGAUAGGCAUUGAAAUCGGAGACACACUCGUGCCAGAUAUGCCCUGGAUGCUAAUUUCGAAAUUCGAUCUUCUGGACGAUUUGGAAGAGAACGGAGAAGAUUCAAUUUUCAGCCAUUUGUCGGAGGAAAUUAAGGCUUUCCCGCAGCCUCGCAUGUACCUGGGGUACGAUCCAGACUUCGAAGAUCAACCGGAUUUGUUCUUCCUUGCAUCAAAUGUUAAUGCACAUGAAGCUGUAGAGGCAAUUAUUCGAAAUCUGGAAGAGGAACAGAAACAGAGAGUUAUAGACUCAAUCUGGAGAUCUAUUGGUUUCUGGCAAACUUUAGGAAGUGAAAACGAAAUUGUUGGAACAAGAGUACAAAACACUCGACCAAUGGUACAAGAGGAGGCCCUAGUAGAUUUUUCACCUACUGAUCCUCCAAUAUUUGACGACAUGGCUCCAAAAGAUAUGAAAAAUGGAUACAUAGAAUUAACAAAUAGUGGUAUGAACAAACAAGUUUUUCAUAAUGUAGUUCGUCUAUGCAUUGAUUCAGGUGUUCAAGUAUCACCAGUUCAUGCAACUCGUGAAGCACAAACAGAACUGAGUUAUCCAAUAAACAUGGGGACACAGUACGUGUAUUCAGUUGAUACAGAUACUCCAUUGCAGGAUGGGCCACUAGCUAAAAGUAUUGCAGAAUUUUUAAAAUCACAAUUGGAUCUAAUUGAAGGAACGUUGGUUUAUAAUACUGGAAUGGAAAUUCUAAAUGAUGAUUUUGAAAGUGUAGUAUUUGACAUUAAAGAUACUCGAACUCCAUCAACAGUAGUUUAUAAAGAAUUAGAAUCUUUUAUUCAUGUUGAAAGCAGUAAAGGAAUGGUUAUUACUGCAAUUGACUGGCAUCCCACCAUGACAGGUAUGGCUGCUUGUGCAUAUGUAGAAGAUGUUCGAAUUUUGCCUUACAAAUAUGAAAGAGACCCAAAAGAUGAAAAAGAUGAAAAGGAUGUGGUUUUAAGUGACAUUUAUCACCCUAAUGUUGUUCUUAUAUGGUGUUUUACCGAUUGUUUUAAACCAAAACUUUACCUUGACAGUCCACGUCCAGUGCAUAGUCUUAAAUUUUGUCCAUAUGAUGAAAAUAUUUUAAUUGGGGGUCUUGUAAAUGGACAAAUUGUUUUAUGGGACUUAAAAGAUCGUAUCAAACUUGUUGAGACAAAGGAAAAACUAACUUUAAAUCAAGAAAAUUAUCGAGUAGCAAUGAGUAAUCAUUUACAAUGGAUGAAAAUUGUUAAAAAUGUUGCACGAGUUACUCCUGCAGCAGUAUCUUCAAUAGAAUUUUCUCCUUCAAAAUGUAUAACUGCUUUUCAGUGGUUGACACCAUAUUGGACUAUCUCAUCUACAGGGCAUUUUCCAACACCUGAUCCAUUUGAUCCAGAAAAUAUACCACUACAAUUUUUAACAUGUUCUGAAGAUGGUUGUGUGAAUUUUUGGGAUCUUAAAGUAGAACAAGCAGCAAGGUCUGGAACCUACCAACCAAAGAAAAAAUGGAAAGUGCGAAAGAGACUUCCUGGACUAGAAAAAAGUGAGUAUCAGCAACUUAACAGAUUUAUUAGGCCUCAUUUUCGAAUUGUGUUGGAAGAUCCAAAGACGAAAGGAGCAGAACAAAGCGAAGAGGAAGCAGAUCUUCCAGCUGUUUGUGUUCCUAUUGCUUCAAUGUCUUUCCUUGAAUGUCCAGUACAACAUAUACCUCAAGAACUUGCGCCAUCUGAAAGUGACUCUUCAUUAGGCAUAAAUGAAGAAACUAAAGAAGAAGGUGAUACUAUCAGUGUUAGAAGUGAUGAAAAGGCUAAAAGGGAGUCACAAAUCAGUGACGUUUCUGCGACUGGUCCUUCUUCAGAGAUCAAACAAGAAAGACACCAUUUCCUAGUUUCCCCUGAGGUUGUAAAAGAAAUGCCAGAAAAAGUUGUAAAUGUUGGUUCUGUGGAUGGCAGAAUUUUUAAACUUCAUUGGCAAGGAUUAGUAGGAAAUUUAAAUGAAGUUGUUAAUUUUGAAAGGACAGAAGUUGAGGGUGCUGGCCUUUGUAUUCAUGAUGGUCCAAUUGUUGUGGUUCAGCCUUCUCCGUUUGUGAAAGAGCUCAUUCUGACAAUUGGAGGUAAAGUAUUUGCAAUCUGGAGAGACGAUGUGCGAGAUGUUCCAAUGUUAUGGAAGCGUGCCCCAGUGAAUAUAUACACUGGUGGAUGGUCAGCUUAUCGACCAACCAUGAUAAUAUUUGUAAGAGGUGAUGGUGUUCUGGAAGCAUGGGAUCUAUCUGUUUACAGUGACAAAGCAGUUUUUGAGCAAACAUUACCAGGAAAACUAAUGACAUGUCUUGUGUAUCCUUCUCUCCCACUAACUGAGAAUAUAAUGGGAAUGGGAGACAAUAAUGGAGCACUCCAUGUGUAUAAAGUGCCACCUCAGCACUGUAAGUCUCCAGAACUUGGCUACGAUGAAGAAAUUUCUAUGCUAGAAAACGCUUUUAUUAAAGAGAAAAAGAGAAAAGACCUUUUAAAAAAGUUUGCAGAAAAAUCAAGACCUACACAGCAAGUACAACAACCACCUCCACAACAAGCAGCACCUCAGGAAGCUGCUGCUGAAACUGAAGAACCUGAAGAACCAGAAAAACUGUCUGAGGGCGAAAAUGUACUUGCAGAGCCUCAGGAAACAUGUGAAGAAUUUGAAGAGGAAUUUGAACAGUUAAUUUUGCCAAUUUUCCCAGAGUUAGAUUUUAUCAUCAAACAACGAGGACGAUGGCGACUUGAACGUGCAGCUCAAAUGAAAAAAACACUUCUGGACAGACUGCAAUGGGACAAAAGUGCAAUCAUUGCUGCUGAAGCACCUUUUAGAUUAAAAUGUGAGCAAGAGGAAGCAAAACAAAAGAAAAUUGAUGACCGUUUACGCAAAAAAUACGACAUAUUUGAGGAAUAUCUGCAGGUAUUGUUUCCAGAAAUGCAGGAAACAAUUGUGCACGAGGAAGAAUCAAAUCAGAAAUAUCUUGAAGAACUUGACGCCAUGAAGUCACAUUUUCGUAAAGAUUAUGAUGUAGCUUCCCGAGAAGCUUUAAAGUAUAUUGGAACACAUCCAUAUACACGAGGUUUUGACUGGAACUUCCUUGUUCAGGAAUGUGUGAAGCGAAGGAAAGAGUUAGAUAUUGAGUUGAAAGAUGCUUUUGAAAUAUUGGAAGAAGCUUCAAAUACUGUAAAAGAACAUCCAGUACUUCCAACUAAAAUAGAGGAUGCCUCUGAAAUUAAUCAAGGUCUUUUAUACGAUGAAGAUUUGGAUAUAGGAGAUGAUGAAUUAGGUGAUAUUAUUGAUGAACCAGCAGCCGGGGAAGAAGAAGAAAAAGGAGAGGAAGGUGAUAAGGAACCUGCAGAAGACCAGGAAAGUGUUCAACCUUCAGAAGAAAAAGAAGGAAAUGAACAAGAAGUGAAUGAAGAAACACAUGAAGAAGUAAAGGAAGAACAGCCCCAAGAACAAAAUGAGGAAGAGAAUGAAUAG